UACCCUCACUGUUGACGUACUUCCCUGGCAACGCUUCCUAGCAACUAGCAGCUCGGCAUGAGAGCGGCUCCGGUAAUAAAGUCUGAGUUUUAACCUGGUUUAUUUCGUUCUUUCUAUGAAUGAAACUGAUUUUACGCGUCAGAGUUACACGCGCAACGUUUGUUUUCCCGCUUCUGAGGAAUCCCGAAGAAGGAAAACCCGUAAACCGUUGGAAGCUGAUGGAUGAGAUGGUGAGACCUCUGAGGAUUCCAGCUGAGACGAGCCUCUAUGCCGACAAACACCAUAUAUCUCACCUGGUGCAGAGCUUGGUUUCCAGUCUGGUGAUCGACCGACCCGAUGAUCCAAUCUCCUACCUGAUCGACCUGCUGCAGAGAAGCACCAUGGACGUUCCCCGGGUGAUGCUACUUGGUCCUCCUGCUGUCGGCAAACACACUCUGGCUAAGAGUCUGAGCACUGAGCUGAGGACUGUCCAUGUGACCAUGGAGAAUCUGCUACUGGACCAGUCAGAGCUCAGCGCGCUUACUGAGCAGGAUCUUCCUGCUGAGCUGCUGGUCCCACUGGUUCAACAGAGACUGGAAAAGAUUGACUGCGUUAACAGGGGCUGGGUGUUGGCGGGAAUCCCCCGGACCCAUUGGCAAACUGAGAGGCUACAGCAGGUCGGUGUCCUCCCUGAGCAUGUUGUGCUGCUCGAGGCUUCUGAUGAUGUUCUGCUGGAGCGGGGUCGGGGUCGGAUGGUUGACCCGCUGACAGGGGAUGUCUACCAUGAGACCUUCAUUUGGCCGACCGAUAACAUCAUUGCUGAGCGUCUAGAGAGGAGGCGGGGUCUGUCUGAGAUGCAGUUAUUGACUGAGCUGCAUCGUUACCGCUGUGAGGUCACAGGUGUGAGGGAAGCCUAUCAGCAUGUACUGAAGAUCAUCAGCGGUGACCAGCCUCACACCGACGUCUACCAACAAGUGUUGUCUUUUGUCCGGACUCAUCAUCGCACCAGAACUCCAAGAAUCCUCCUGAUGGGUCCUCCAGGGUCCGGAAAGAGCCAUCAGGCCCAGCUGCUGUCAGAGAAGUACAAGAUGGUAGACGUGUGUUGUGGUUACCUGCUGAGGUCUGUGGCAGCUGAUGGUUCCUGUCUGGGAGUCAAGAUCCAGCCGUACCUGGAUGAUGGGCGCCCAGUUCCAGACUCCCUGGUCCUGCAGGUUCUGGAGGAACGUCUGAGCUGUCUGGACUGCAGCUGCAGAGGCUGGAUCCUGCAUGGCUUCCCCUGUGACCUGCAGCAAGCCAAGAGCCUGCAGGAUACCCAGCACCAGCCGAACAGAGUCUACUUCCUGGAGGGGACAGAUGAAGUUUGUCUGGAGAGAACCAGUCUCAGAGGAACAGAUCCGGUCACCGGGCAGAGGUUUCACGCCAUGACUCGACCCGCUCCAAGCUCUGAGGUCCAGAACAGACUGCAGACCAGACCUGAGGACCGCACUAAGACUGUGAUGCAACGACUGAAACAGUACCGGAUCCAGUCUGCUGCUCUGCAGUCCAUGUAUCCAGAUGCGAUCCAUGUUGAUGCUGAUCAGGAUCCUCACUCUGUGUUUGAAGCGCUGGAGAGCAGACUGACCUCUGAAUGACAGCUAGACCCACCUGGACUAUGGUUUUAUGUGUAAAGCUGUUUGGAAAUAAAAUUUUUAUUGUU